AAAACGGAGUAAUAUUGAAGCCAGCAGUGACGGAUGGUCCAGAGAUUUAUUUUUGUUAGGCUUGAAAAUUACCAUACAAUAAAAAAUAUAUAAUAUAUAAAUUGUGUUUUUUAAUAUCUCGUACUAAAUAAAUAGCUUUAAUAGUAAUUAAUAUUAAUCAAGUUUAGUGUUGACAUCAUUGAGUGAUUGUUGUUGUUUAUUAAUAUAAUUAUUUUGAUGUUUGGAAAUAUGAGAGAAAAAGAGGAAUUUACAAGAGGUAUGCCAGCCAUGCAUCAAAAUGAGGUUCCCUCACCUCGGGCAUUUGGACUAGACGCUUUGCACAAUGUUUGCAAAGAAAUAUAUCCUGAUCAAUGUAAUCCACUAACUGUCACAGCAAUCAUCAAGUACUGGCUUGGUGGUCCAGAUCCUCUUGACUACAUAAGUAUGUAUGAAAAUCCAGGAUGUGCAGAACUUGGUGUUCCACCACACUGGCAUUAUAUCAGUUUAGGUUUAUCAGAUCUUCAUGGUGAUAAUCGUUUACAUCCAAAAAGUGGUCCAGGACGUCCAAGUGGUUUUGGUUUUGAGCUAACAUUUCGUCUUGUACGUGAAAUAAAUGAAACAACACCACCAACAUGGCCAGCAAAUGUUAUGCAACAAUUAGCAAAAUAUGUAUUUAAUUCUGGUAAUAUGUUAUUACCAGGUGAUCAUGUAUCAUGGCAUGCACCAUUGGGUAAUGGUAAUGGACGUAUAACACAAAUAUUAAUGGGUAAAGAUCCACAAUUACCAAAUUUAUUAACAACACCACAUGGUGAUGUUACAUUUGUACAAAUUAUUGGUGCAACAUCUGAAGAAUUACAAGCAGCACAACAUUGGAAUGGUCUUGGUGUUGUUAAUUUAUUGAAAACAACAAGAGGAUGUGGUCCAUGGCUUUUGACAAAUACAAAUCGUCAACAUUCAAUUAUGGAAGAGGAUCCAACUGUUGCUGAAAAAAUUCAAACUGGUAUUGAACGUGAAGGUUCAAAUUUAAGUGGUGUUUCUGCAAAGUGUUGGUGGGUACAAAUGUCAGAUAAUAAUAAUGAUGAAAAAUACAGAGAAAAAAAAAAUGAUGAAUCAGAUGAUGACGAUGAAGAUGAUGAUGAUAAUAUAUGUGAAAAAGAUGAUAUUGAUAGAAUUGAAAAAAAUAGAACAACAGAUAAAAUAAAUAAAAAUUUAUCAAUUGAACAACAAAGAGAACAUGAUAAUAAUAAUAAUAAUGAUUCAUCAUUUGAUGAUAGUUUUAUAUUAAAACCAUUGAUUGGAUUACAUUUGACAUUUAAUUUAGAAGCUGGAAGUUUAUUGCCACUUGCAAUUAAAGGAAGAGUCAUGCAUGGACGUCAUUUUACAUUUAAAUCAAUUCUUUCACAUUCAGCAAUAACAAUGGUUGCACCAUCAGUAACUGGUACACUUGUUUCAUGUGAAAGACCAUAUGUACUGCAAGGACCAUGGUUACAAGUUCUCAUACCUGAUCAACUUGCUGAAAAAAUGGCUUAUGAAUUUCAGCUAUUUAAUUCAACUGAUCAAAUUCAAUUACCAAGGACUUUUUCAUGGCCAGAAUAUAAAUUAACAAUAACAAUAGUCAGUGAUUAAUUAUUAAUUAUUGAUAAAAAUAUUCAAUUUUAAUUUUUUUUUUUUUAUAAAAAUAAUUUUUAUGCAAUGUUUUAUUAUUUUUCAAUUAUUUUAAAGACUUGAAUUUAAAUUUUAAUUUAUUUAUAUACACGCGUUAAUUAAAAUCGUGUUUUUAAAAUAUUCUUUUUAACAUUUUUUGGGAAAAAAAAAAAAAUAAUUAACACUGACAAUAUUUGUAAUUUUAAUGUGUACAUAAUAAUGAGCGAAUCCAAAAUAAUUAUUGUAUUAAAAUUAAGUUAUUUUUUACAUAUAUUUGUUAUACAAUAAAUAAAUAAAUAAAAUAUAUAUAAUGUAUUUUAAAAAACAAAAAAUGUAAUUUAUUUUAUUAUUUAUUAUAGUAUAAUAAUUUAUCGUC